AUGGUAUCCGUCGGGACGUGGUGCCGAUACGUCGCGCACAAGUUUGCUUACUCGUUGUCCAUUGGGUGGAAGGUAUUCAAUGGCAGUCACCGACGCCUCUGCUUCGUUUCAUGGUUUCAUCCGCUCGCUUUUUUUUAUUUAGCCAUUGCGAUUCUGCGCAUUUGAUUUGGGCAUAUACAUACGGAGGCUUAUGUUGCCAGCGGCGGGUUCUGUUUGUUAAUGCGGGGAUCAUUUAUCUUCUCUCGGUCUUUUAACGUGAGGUUCUCCCUUUGUCGUCCCUGUCCUGUGACCAUUCCAUCCCCGUUUCUCUGUGCUCAGAUUAUAUUGUCAUGUUUCUGACCAAGAAGGCAGGGACAGAGAGAUGGAAGACUUUGGAACCAGUGGGCGAGUACUCACUAGGUUUACCAAUGGGAUGCUAUCAUUUUUUACCCAAAGAAGAGUCUUGCAGUGCCAUUCAUCUUUGUCAUAUUUACACUCAACAUGUGUAAUUCAUCUUUGCUCUCUAAUUCAUUUAAGCUCUUUUUUCCAUAUCUUCCCCAUUUAGGGACGUCACGAAAAGCAGGAACAUAGCCUGUGACAGGUGCUCACGUCAGUCUUCACUGUAAAUGUUCAAACGUUUCAGAAAAUCUUCAUGAAUUUUAUUUCGUCAUUUUUGACAUCCCAGGACUUUCCCUAGUCGUGUAUUCUUUUCGACGUCGAUCGCUUCUUGGCUUCAGUCCUCCGUGUUAAGGUUCCUACGAUAGUUUCUUCUAGGGUGUCAAUAUGGUUUAGACUAGAAUUUACGAUCUGACUCAUAUAAAUGACUGGGAUUCUCGUGGAGCUUUAUAACUUUUUUGUUCGACUGUCAUAUCUUCCUCUUUUGUUUAAUUCAUUGCAUUGUAUGGAUUAUCCCACAAGGAAUGAAAAAGUCGUUUAUUUUCUUCUGACUUUCAGACUUGUUGCAUUUGGUCAUUUGACGUCGAGAGAAUAAAUUUUUUGCAAGGAAAUGAAAUAUUAUUUGAAUUGUUUUCAAGACGCUGGACUUCUAUGAUUCUAUACCAGUCUCUGUCAGAUGUUGAAUUUCUUCAACUAUUCUAUGAAAUAAACAAAAUCUACUACUCCUUGUUUUGGUUCUUAUUUUUAAGCUAUAACAAGUUCGUUAUAGAAAUAAGAAAAGAGGAAGCAAAAUGUAUACUAGAAAAAGAUACCUCUCGAUUCUGUGUUCAUUUUGUCCUUGAAAAUUUCGGGUACUUUUUUGACUCUAUGACCUUUUUGGAAUUUCAUCUGAAGCUAUUUUCUAGUUCACAACCCCUGGUCAUAUUUUUUUUAGGCUGUAGUCAAAUUUGAACUUCCUUUUUCUUUUGAUUGUAUGACCUCAUAUUAGGUUGAGAAGACAUGAUGUCUCCCAAGGCGUUAUCUUCUGUAGAUCAGCACAUGCCUGGAAACUGUGCUACUUGUUAUGGAUACUGAACUUCACUUUUUUCCCUUAGGGUUUAGGAAACAAAAAUUACUAGAGGUACACAGGAAUCCUCUGGAUUUGGCGUAUGGUUUAGUCAUUUUGCUCAUGUUUGGAUGGACGUCAAUAACUGGUUCAGCUUUGACUCCAGAAAACUAAUGUCUAAUACCCAUAUGCCGCAGACAUGGAUAAUGGUCUUUCAACGCCUGCCAGUUGACAUAUUUAUCUGUCUUGUCACUGAUUCAUGACAACUCAAUGAUGAAUGAUUUUCUGUUCAUGUAGGAAAAGUUACUUUUUCUUCAAGGUGCAGAAAUCCUCAAUAACCUAUGCAAGUCGACUGUACAAUGUUGCCUUGGUGGGGAUCUAGAAAGAGUCUGAUGGCAGAUCGAUGCACAUCUUUUAAGCGGCAAUAUAGUCUAUGGUCUUUGUAUGUUUUCCGGAGUCCGGGGCCUUGUUUAGCCCCCUCACCUGGGACGUUCUCGAGUUAGGAUCUUUACUCAGUCUAUUUGAAGGAACAUUGGUUGACCUCUCCGUAAAAAAAGGGACUUUAAUACUUAGAGGUGUCGUAAUGGUAGCUCUCUUGAUGACCUGGACUCUAGAUGUUACUUUGCUUAUUAUGCUUUUUGGACUGUAACAUAUGUAGGAAUGCAGUGGCAAUAUCGGUGUAUGUCAUUCGAUGUGUUACAAACCUCAGAAUGUUAAUUAUGAGAUUCACUGUUGAUACAGGUAAAGAGAAUUUGUAUACUCUGUUUCAGAAUAAAAUACUGAAAAUCUCCAGUAUAUUUCAAUGUUGUUUAUCUUACAAUGAAUGGUUUAGGUCCAAUUGUGAUCAAGAUAGAAACCUUGAUGUUUGAUGCAGAGGCAAUGAAACUGUAUGGUAAUGUCUUUUUAUUGUGAUGCAGAGCUAUAAAGUGGGUCAAAUCACAGAGACACAAGUAGGGGAUAUCGUCUGGAAGAACUUAUUUCAGGGCAAGUUGACAUACUUACACUGGAGCAAAGGCGAACAGAUGGUGCCAACAAUAGCAGGAGAAGGUGGAGCAGUACUUGUUAGAAAAUUGCCCAGCGUGGAUCCAAUGUGCGUCUCAUACUUUUUUUAUUUCUCAUUCUACCCACAUCUGCUAUCAUUUGUUGUGUUUACAAUUAAAGGCAUUUUGAUUUUUCAAACCACUUGCACCUGGAAAAAUUCUGUGUCUCGGUUUUGUUUCAUGCUCCUGAUGUUUGUAUGUUAUGGCCGGACCAUCUGUGCAAACAUGAGUUAUUUAUCUCAAUAUUUUUAGCUUGAAAUUAUUUCUGUUAUGAUCUUCAGAAUUGAUUUUGGUACUUGUAAAGCGAAACUUAGCAGACUGCUUAAUUCUUUCAAUGUCGCUAAAUGAAUGCUUGUAUUGAAAAUAUCUUAUGUGUUCUUUGGAUAGAGGUUGUAAUUUGACUGAAGUUAGGGUUUUUCUUUUUUCAAUAUAUUCCUAAGGUACUUCGUUAUCAUUUUGACUUGUUACUGUCUCUUCUCUUUCGAGAAUGUACUUUCUGGCAUUUUAUGUCAGUGCUUCUCAGAAUGAUGUUGCUCUUUUCCUAGACUCUCGGACCUGAUUGAAAGUAUUGAAUCGUAGGAACUUGUUCAACUAUGCCAUUAUCUUUGGGAUGAGACGAUGCGACAGGUUUUGAGUGUUUUUUUCCUCUCGCCUGUUCAUUUUUAUAAAUCAUAUCUCCACUUUUAUAUUUGCCUGAUUUGCGUGUAUGCAUGUUUUUAACUUCAUUUUUUGCAUUUCUUCUCUUGUAUAGUGCUCGGUACUGUUCAUAUCUUCUCUUGAUGUUUCUGUUCUAUGAUGUUCUUUAUUGCUAUUUGCUUGUGUUUAUUUUGAUUCGAUUCUGCUCACGGAGUAGGGAGUAAUUAGCUUCCCCUCCAUAUAUUAUUUCGCUUAACCCACCUCGAAGAAAACUAAAAAGGAGAAGGGUGUCAGUCAAGGCAGAUAUAUUUCGUCGGGGAAUGAACACUUGCAAAGUUUCGUCGGGUCAAGUCGGGGAAUGAACACGUUAGCUUUGGAUGAUCUGUAGAGUAUAACUUUCCAUCAAUCAAAUGAUUUUUUUUAGCUUUAUAACUCACUCCAUCGAUGCUCUAAUAGUCAAGAAUGCUGGCAGUGUUUACCAGUAAAGUGUAUAAUCUUGUAUUUGGAAGUGGGAUAAUUCUAUUAUUAUUUAUCUUUAGUUUUGAUGUCAUGGCCUGUUGGAGUAUGCUUUCAUCUUUCAAAUGUUUGCCUUCGUUACAGGAAUGUCUUUGUAGGAGAUGUCGUCGUUUUGAAAGACCCUGAAAAACCUGAAGAUUACCUUGUUAGAAGACUGGCAGCAAUUGAAGGUUACGAGAUGGUUUCAAAUAAUGAAAAUGAUGAGCCUUUCAUCUUGGAAAAGGAUCAGUGUUGGGUUUUGGCUGAUAAUGAGUCAAUAAAGCCUAAGGUAUUUCCUUCAUCUCGUUGGAAGAGGACACAAGUUUUCCUUUUCGUUUUUUUCCCUUUAUAUUAGCUUGGUGAUCAUCUCGUUGUUUUUUUCAAACUAUUUGACUUUUUACUUGUUGCACCGUAUAGUAAGACAUGGCAGUUUUCUCUGUUCUUCUGGUGACAUCUUUAAUUAUCCCAGUGCCAUAUUUUUGGAUAAUACAUACAUAAUAAUUACUGACCCAAAAACCAAACAGAGUUUUUUUUUUCCUGAUAAGGUUUCAUCAUUACAUCUAGUGAAGAGUAAAAAACGAACCUUUUUUGUCAAUUUAAUUAUAUAAAAGGUAACAGUUACAGAUUGAUGCCAUAUUUGUAAAUUUUUUGCAAACUUUGAUGGGAUAAUACUGAAUUGCCAAUGUUGGUGUCUAUUUUGUGAGAAUGGAUUUAUCACGAGACAUGAGAAUGAAGGUCUUACAAUCAUUGAUGAGAUUAAUAAUGAUGGCGUGAUAUCCGGUCAUGGUUUUUUUGUGUUGUGGUGGAGAAACUGACUCGAAUGUUCAAAGGCUUUUAACACGGUGAGAUCCAUGGUCUCCGUUGCCUUCUGAGAAUGCGGGGAAAUUGUUUAGGAUGACGCUGAUGCUAUGUUAGCAUACCGGUGAUUUUAGUCAAUGCUCUUUUUAUUGUAUGGUACUGAAAAAAUGGAAUUAGUGUUGGCUCAAGUGUCUAGCUUUUCGAGUCUCUUCGAGUGCCAAGUCCUCAGAUCGAUUAAGUCGGAAUGUUUGAACAGGUCUUCAGCCACCAUCUAUAGGUAGAAAUUCCCUCAGAAUGCAGGGCCCUACUUGUGACACUCUUGAGUCUCAUGAAGGCAGGAAGAUGCCUUGUGUUCAUCUCUCGCAUACUCCAUAGAGGGGGGGAGAGAGAGAGGGAGAGAGGGAGAGAGGGAGAGAGGGAGAGAGGGAGAGGGAGAGGGAGAGAGAGAGAAAUAGUGGGAAGAUGCCUUGUGUUCAUCUCUCGCAUACUCCACGGAGGUUUAUCCUUCUCUGGGGCGAUUCCUUCUGAGAGAGAGGGAGGGAGAGAGAGAGAGAGGGGAAGGGAGGGAGGGCCCAUUCAGAAUAUGACCCACGGAUUAGUUUCUUAUCUCAUUUCCAUUCAUCUAUCUACAAUUCUGAUGAACUUGAACUCAUACCCUUCUUGCAUGAUAUCGCGUUUUGACCAGAUUAUCUUUCGAUGACAUCCAUAUCGUCCAAUAGAUUCAACUUAUUAUCAAAGUCCGGGGCUUAAUUUUAAUAAUGAUGGUGAUGCUAGGAAGCCAGGGACAGCCGGUCUUUCGGCCCAUUGCCAAUGACGGACAUCGUUGGAAGAGCCAUCUAUUCCCUGAGAACACCAGUGGACCAUGGGCCCGUGCAAAACAGGUAUCUUUUCUUCUUGAUUUUUUUCAUCUUGUUCUCGUUUUCAGAAGAGAGCCUGGGUCAUUGAACGUUGACCUGUCGGGGCAAAUAAAUCUGUGGCAGUCGCUAUGGGAUGCACUAUGAUUCGCCAGUUCUCGCGGUGGAGUUGGACGUUGCGGAGAUGGCAAAGAGCACAAAAAGAUGA